AUGAAGUGGUCAAAGCACAUUGGCCCCGACCAUAAGAGUGCGGCGGGGCGUAUGAAUACUGAAAAUGAGACGGAAACUCGCUCGGUUUUCUCAGACCUCUCGUCCACCUCCUCCGCCUGGCAUUCCACUGAAGAUGAGGCGUCACCGAUUACCCUGGGGGAAAGGCCGUUCACAGAAGGCAGCACUUUCGCUAGCACUUCCACGCACUGGGAUCCUUCGCCUUCGUCCGGUGCAUCCACAGAAACGCUAAUGGUUGCUACUGCAGGAGUUCCACCGAGUAACGCCCUGCGCAGUACCCCCAAGGCAUUUGGCCCUCGGGGUAUCGUAGCCUCUUUGUUGAGUUUCAUCUUAGCGGCAGCUCUGAUCACAGCGGCUACAAUGGCCACCAGAAAGGUAGUCCAUGAAAAGCAGCCACCGGUGGAGCCCCUUGUCGCGAAAAAACAAAAGCCUCCCAAGCCUAAACCCAAGCUUACAUUAGACCUCACCAAGGACGAGGAAAUUAGCUUUCCUAAAAGGCCUGAGGGUGCUUACUCGUAUUUUGGUCCAGCCCCUGAUAUUAAGGUCUCAUCGGAUCAGCAAAGUAUUCAACGCUAUGAAGCGGCAUUGGGGGCGGCCAGUGUUCAGCUUUCCCAGGCAUGGAACUCGGCCUCCUCGAUCGUCCAGGAAGCAUUUUGUAAGCAUUUUAUGCCGAGACUAAAGGAAGGCGUCACAGUUCCUGCGCCGUUGGCUAUGUUCGAGCGCCAUGCAGAGGCGCUGCGGAGCAUGAGUAUUGGUGAGCAGUCCAGCACUACCGAAAAACGUAAUUAUGUUGCUCGGCUCCUCUUGGUGACCUCAGUACUCCACGCGGCGUCUGCACGAAUUUCCUCACUCACAGAACUGGAAACGUUCUGCAAGAACACAGGCAUGGGUUCAGUGCUGCUGGGCAUCAAAGCAGUUCCUUUGCCUUCCGCUGAGCAGCUUUCCUCAAUAGGAAAGGGUGAAGAGGCUAACACCACAAAAGUUUCAUAUUCAAGGUUUCUGGAUCUAGUUCAAGACUGUCAUGCCCCAGAUAAAUCCAGUGGUGCACGUUCAAACCAAGGCAUACCCGAAGUCCUAGCCAUGAGACUCGUUAACGUCCUGAAAUGUGAAAUGCUGCACGAACAGCACAACACCCGAGUAACUAAGGCGUUCGACAUGUUAUUAGAUGCGCUUGGGAGGGAAUCGCCUUCUCACAAAGCAAGCUUAGUGAAUCGUUCGGGAUUUCUCAUGUCUCCAGGCAACAGACCGUUUAGCACUCCUGCUUUUGAGUUUGCUCUCGCCGAGUUAGGAAAACAGAACAAGGACCAUGCAGUGUCUCCGAGAGAUAUUGCAUCUUGGUCCCAUAGUUGGACCGUGCAUGGCGUGUUGAGCAUUCUGCAAUGGUUGGAAGCGAAGGAGUGUCAAUGGCUGGACAAUAAGAGAAACGACAAGGAGGAAGCAACACAGGUUUUUCAGGAACUGUGGAUAGGCACCCACGUGCCUGCCCACGACCUGUACUCCUUAGCCGUUGCGUUGUUGUAG